AUGGAGAGGAUUCGAAUUUACGAGUGGUCACGAAUUGCUUGCAUGAGAGACUAUCCUCCUGAGCCUCAGGUCCUGGUUCUAGAGCAAGCCAACUUACCCCCAAAAUCAAGAAGUGAUAAUGCAUCAUCCCGGAGCUUUUCUCACUUCAGCUUAAAGCUUCUUGCAAUUGCACUUUAUAGGUGGAAGGUACUAGAGUUUGCAGAGCUGAAGCGAAGCUCUAUUUCAUUCUUUGACAUUGAGAAACCCGAGUCAACCCUUUCAUGCUUGUCAAGGGCAACAACUAGAGCCGCUAGGGUGGGAAAAGGCAUAUCUAAGGUUGGAAAUGCUAAGGAACUUGCUUCACCACAUUGGCUUGAGGCAAUUGAUCCUCACCAUCGCUAUGGCCAUAAUCUUCAAUAUUAUCAUGCGAAAUGGCUCCACUGUGAGAGUAAACAGCCCUUCUUCUACUGGCUCGACGUAGGAGAAGGAAAAGAGGUCAAUCAUGAGAGAUGUUCUAGAAUGAAGCUUCAGCAGCAAUGCAUCAGAUAUCUUGGUCCGGCAGAAAGGAAGGCUUAUGAAGUUGUGGUUCAAGAUGGGAAACUUAUCUUCAACCAUAGUAGUGAAUUCCUUCAUACAGUAGGAGGACCCGAAAAUGCGAAGUGGAUCUUUGUGCUUAGUACAUUCAAGACCUUGUACGUUGGGCUGAAGAACAAGGGCACAUUUCAACAUUCAAGUUUCAUGGCAGGUGGAGCCAUAUUGUGUGCUGGAAGAUUAGAAGUGGAAGAUGGCAUCGUGAAGGCAGUUUGGCCUCACAGUGGGCAUUAUCAACCGACAGUAGAAAAUUUUCAGGAAUUCUUGUCGUUCCUUAAGGAACGCAACGUAGAUCUCAAUAAUGUAAAGGUAGAGAAUGCAAGACAUGCAUUUUUUUAUCUUGCCAAAAACCUCCUGCUUUGUCAUUGCACUCAGGGACUUUGUUUGCCUAAGUUGAUUUCAGAUUUUGAUUUACUAAUGUACUACACUCUUUCUAUGCAACAGAAAAGCCCAGGUGAUGAAGAUGAAGCAGAUUUCAAUAAGGGCCACGAAUUGGUUGCAUGA